AUCCGUAUGUGGUUUGUAGUGGAAUCUCUAAAAAGACUUGCAUUUAGGAACGGAGGGAGUAUUAUUGUUGUUCCAGACUUGAGAUCCAGCCAGCUUGCAUUUGAUUGUGGAAGUCUUAUUUACCUGCAGAGCGACCGAGCCAACUACAGUUCUUAUUCACCUGGCAUCGCAGCAGGUAAUCUUAUUUACCUACAGACUGUUCAACUAUCGCUGUCUCCAUUAUCAGCUUAACAUCUCACUCCUAUAAGAAACAAUCAUCAGUGCUGAACUGGGUGAUUAGUUGAUCUCUGCUGAUUGGUUCAGCACCUGCAGGCAACCCAAGAGAGUGUUAUUUUAAGUCACUAACCACCCAUAAAACGCAACAGAUAUGGAAGGACGACACCGCCAUCCAUGAAAAAUAAGUGAGCACCUCCUGUGAAGAAACAAUUUCGAGGCCAGCCACCUUAAUAAGAGAACAAAUGACCAAUCCUUCAGUGCAGCAUCAUAUUAUAUACUACUCGUGCAGUGCUACCGGUAGGUGUUGCUUUCUCUGUUAAAAAUGUAACCAACUCAUCAACCAUAAAAUAGACACAACUUGCCUCACUGCUCAGCCUUACUUGGUUGUCCUCUGUCCAUCUGCACCAGCUAGUCUUGUUCCCUUUUCUUGGUGUGCUAUCUCCGGCGACUCCGUUCUUCAUCGCGGCUGAACAAGAAGUGGUUGUCGAUUUCUGUCAAGUUCAGAUCGAGCCAGCUUGCAUUUUGUUGCCGAAAUCUUGGGUGCGUUGUUGGCCGGGGGAUCACGAUCUGUGGUGCGCCGCUCUCCUGUCCCGCAGAUUGACCGAGCCAACUACAGUUCUUAUUAUUUAUCUCGCAUCGUAGCAGCGAUGGGCUAGUCGGCUGUGGGCAUCCAGGAGCUGGUGGCCUUCGAGUGGGUGUGCCAGAACCAAUUCACCUGCUCAUCCUUGGUAAAAGAGUUGACUUUUGAAAGAUGUAAACGACGAAUACAUGGAACAGGUCCAGACCGCUCAAAUCAAAGAUCGAGCGACUGUGAUGGAGGCCGUGCUGAGCGCCUCCCGGGGAGCCGUGCAGAUCCUGUUGGGGAAGCUUGGCAACGUCCUUGCCACCAAAUAUGCGCUUCUCGGCGGUGUUCGUGGGGAGAUCCAGGAGCUCAAGGAUGAGCUCGAGAGCAUGACCUCGUGUCUCCGCGACCUCGCGGAUGACGAUGAUCACAACGAACAAACCAGGAUUUGGAUGAAACAAGUGAGGGAGGUCGCGUUCGAUGUGGAGGACUGUGUGGACAGGUUCUGGCAUCACCUCAGCGAGAAUCAUGGAGACCGUCAAGGACUCCUGGAAUACCUCCAUAGGAUGUUCAACAUGGUGCGAACAUUGAGGGUGCGGCACAAGAUGGCUACCGAUAUCCAGGGCCUCAAAUCUCGUGCCCAGAAAGUGAGUGAUCGGAGGCUCAGGUACACGUGCACUCAGAAAGUGAGUGACGACCUGGCUGGACGAUCGGGCAAAGCGCUUGAUACUUCGUACAGCCACCUCGACAACCUGGACCGCUGGCUGCCAGCAAUACAUGGUGACGGGUCCGGGCUAGUCGGGAUGGGCAACAUGACUGAUGCCGUGGUUAGCCUGCUGAACGAGCAACGCCAGGCGGCGGGGAGUCCCCGAGUGCUGUCCAUAGUGGGGUUUGGUGGUCUCGGCAAGACCACCCUCGCGGCGACCGUCUACAACACCCCAGAGUUGGGCGGUAUCCAGUGCCGUGCUUUCGUUCCAGUGUCCCAGACAUACGACACCCGUUCUCUUCUUGAGUCCAUGUUGAAGCAGCUUUCGGCUAAAGCUGACAAUGAUGAACAUGAAGAUCUCCUCAGGAACAUUAGACGCUGGGACAUAAGCAAACUAGUUGACAAUAUCAAACAACGUUUGAAGCAGAAGAGGUCGAUCAACUUCCUCUGCGAAGCAAGAAUGGCUAAGAGGAUGAGGUCGGUUGAAGUGAUCCAUGAAGAGCCGAAAGAGGACAUCUUCCUGAUGUCAACAGUGAUAGCUAAGCUUGAUGCCGGAGAAAAUGUUGAUGAGGACGUCUCGGGAGAGGAAUCAGUGUGUUUUGAUGGGAUAAAAAAGUUUAUUCAUUACACGAUCGAACAUACUUCAGUGAAAGCACAGGAACCAUUGUGUUUCGAGAUCGAAGAAGGAUACGACGAGACCGAUCCAUAUGUGUCAACUUUGUUUGAUGAAAUUUGGUACGUGGAAGACGAUCAUGACUGCUGUUCGAGGGUUUCUUCUAAAUACCAAGCUGAGAAGGAUUACUUUAGUGAUGAUGGAGAUGAGGUUGACAGCUUGGCGUGCAAAAGGAGAAAAAUUGUCUAGGCAGGACGUACUCACUAUCGUUUGAGCUAGUUUUAUGUAAAAGCACGUGCCCAUGGUAUGAUGGAUCUAUUUAUGAGAAUAAAAACUUGCAUUUCAAUUCUUAGGUGUGUUUAGAUUAAUUAUUACAUCUAUGAUGUAGUUUGAUAAAUGUUACUAUUUCACUGA